AUGCACGGUCUACAGUUCCUGGUUCUUCUGGCACUAGCAUUAUCCAGUGGCGCCAAUGAAGAUGUCUUAGUGGUCAAAAUCGGAGCCAUUUUCUUUGACACGGAAAUAAAGUUGGCCGACGCAUUUAGUGCGGCACUUGAGGAAGUGAAUGCAGUAAAUGGCGCUCUGAAACUGGAGGCAAUCAAGCGCUAUGUGACCGUUGACGACAGCAUUGUCCUGCAGGAUAUUUCUUGCGAGUUGAUUGGAAGUGGUGUGGCUGCUAUUUUCGGACCAAGUUCAAAGACAAACAGCGACAUUGUCGAGGUACUGUGCAAUAUGACGGGUAUACCGCAUCUGCAGUUCGAUUGGCAUCCGCAGCAGUCGAGCAGGGAGCGGAUGAACCACCAGCUCACCGUCAAUGUGGCUCCCAUGGAGCUCUUCCUGUCCGCCGCCCUCUCAGAUAUCCUGGCUAGCAAGAGCUUCGACUGGAAGUCCUUUACCAUAGCCUACGAGAGGAGUUCCCACCUCAUUCGCCUGCAGCACGUCCUAGCAUGGAAGCAGCUCCACAAAGCAGGGAUCAAGAUGCAGGAAUUCGAGCGAGGAGAUGAUUACAGGAUUCUGUGGAAGCGCAUCAACGACGCUCGUGAAAAGUUUGUCCUUCUGGACUGUCCGUCCGACAUUUUGGUGGACGUAGUCAAUGCCUCGAUUGGAUACAACAUGACUGGUUCAUUUAAUCAUUUAUUUUUAACGAACUUGGACACACACAUGAGCGGCAUUGAUCAAUUCUACUCCAGGGAAUUCACCGUCUCGGUGGCGGCUGUCCGGAUACGAACCUAUGUGCCACCGCCGGUUCACGAUGAAAUAGAUGUGUUUGACAACAGUGUGGAUACCCGGUUUUCUUCACUGGGAAGCCAGCUCGUGUAUGAUUCUGUCGUGCUGUUCUACAAUGCUCUCUUGGAAAUAAGUCAGCUUCCUGGGUUUUACAUACCCAACUUUAGCUGCGGACGAGGCUUCUGGCAACCGGGACCGCGUCUGGUGGAGCAAAUGAAACAGAUUUCCCCAAAGUUGGCAAAACCACCGUUCAAAACGCAAAGACUACAGAUAAAUGCCGAAGGUCAGCGAGAGGAUUUUAAUCUAGAAGUUUACAACCCCAUCAUUGAUCGCGUAACUCACGUAUGGAACAAGGAGUUUCAGCUUGUGGACUUUGAAAAACUGAGGGAGAACUCAACGCAAGCUCUUAAACAGAAAAGACUCCAAACCAAAGAGGACUUCUCCCAAAAACCCAUCAAAUACACAGUGGCCACUCGGGUGGGCAAGCCCUACUUCAGCUGGCGUGAGGAGCCCGAAGGAGUCCACUUCGAGGGAAACGAACGUUUUGAGGGCUAUGCCGUGGACUUGAUUUACUUGUUGGCCCAAGAGUGCAAGUUCGAUUUCAACUUCGAGCCAGUUAGGGAUAAUAAGUAUGGAAGCUACGAUGCGAACACAGAUGAGUGGGAUGGUAUAAUCCGGCAACUGAUUGAUAAUAAUGCUCAAAUUGGAAUCUGCGACUUGACCAUAACUCAGGCGCGUCGGUCGGUGGUGGAUUUCACUGUGCCCUUCAUGCAGCUGGGCAUAAGUAUUCUCUCGUACAAGGAGCCCCCACCGAAGGCCGAUAUAUACGCAUUCCUCAAUCCGUAUAAUGCCGAAGUUUGGCUAUUCGUAAUGAUUGCGAUGAUGAUCACGGCCUUUGCCUUGAUUUUCACCGGUCGCAUAGACCAAUUCGAGUGGGAGCAGCCAGUGGAGAAUGUGAAUCGCGAACUGGAGCGGCUGAACAUCUGGCAUCUGAGUAACACCAUGUGGCUAGUGUUGGGCUCCAUACUCAAUCAAGGCUGCGAUCUUUUGCCCAGGGGCCUUCCAAUGCGUUUGCUGACAGCCUUUUGGUGGAUCUUUGCCCUGCUAAUCUCCCAGACUUACAUAGCCAAGUUGGCCGCCUUUAUAACCUCCUCGAAGAUUGCUGGCGAUAUAGGCUCCCUGCACGAUUUGGUCGACCAGAACAAGGUGCAGUUUGGCACCAUUCGUGGCGGCGCUACGUCGGUGUACUUCUCCGAAUCGAACGACACUGAAAACCGGAUGGCGUGGAACAAGAUGUUGUCCUUCAAGCCGGAUGCCUUCACCAAGAACAACGAGGAGGGCGUGGAUCGGGUGAAGCUGAGCAAGGGAACCUACGCCUUCCUGAUGGAGACCACCAAUCUGCAGUAUUACGUGGAGCGCAACUGCGAGCUGACCCAGAUCGGGGAAAGUUUCGGCGAGAAGCACUAUGGCAUUGCAGUGCCGCUGAACGCUGACUUUCGUUCCAAUCUCAGCGUGGGAAUCCUACGGCUCAGCGAGAGGGGUGAGCUCUUCAAGCUGCGAAACAAAUGGUUCACCAGCAAUGAGAGCAUCUGCGACUCGAAUCUCCCGACCAUCGAUGAUGGCCAGUUCGAUAUGGAUUCGCUGAGUGGACUCUUCGUGGUGCUGAUCGUCGGCGUGAUCGUUGCACUUGUGAUCGGUGUCGCCGAGUUUUUGUGGCACGUGCAGCGCAUUUCGGUGAAGGAGAAGAUUCCACCUAUGCUGGCACUGAAGGCAGAGUUUUACUUUGUGAUUCGUUUCUGGCUGACCAGAAAGCCCCUGCACACCUAUCGACAGAGUCGCGAUUCAACCUCGACGGGUUACUCAUCGCUGGAGCAAAUUACAAGUGCUUCCAGUGCGAAAAAGAAAAAAAAGAGCAGGCGAACUGAGAAGUAG